AUGAACGCUGAUGAUGAGCCGUCUAUUGCGUACUUCGUGCGCAAUGACAUCACAGGAGACUCAGUACAGAAGAACAAUCAUCUCAAGGCAAGUUUUGGUCCCAUUGGUGGACGUAAUACCGCCGUGACAGUUAUGCAAUCAAGAGCCAUAUGUUCUAGGAAUGAAUCAGUGGCUUUCUCAGCUUUUGCCGCUUCAAAUGCGAAGAGUGACGUGGAUUUUAAUGGACUGUAUACUCGACCACGUGCUUCAUUGGAAACAUUGCUUUGUGGUUCAAGUAAAGGCCCUGUGUUGUCCCAUGAUUCCACCAGCUUGUUACAAUCAGAUUUAAGUGGAGAUGUGUACACGCUACAAGCUUCCAGAGACUUUAGAUCCUGUGGGGGAACUAUUUCAAGCUCAAGCAAUUCAUUUGGGCUUUCGAGGCCUUUUGAGUCUAGAUUUAGUGGUGAAAAAGCUACUGAAGAUGCUGGAGCUAUCAUGUCUCCGAUUUUGAUGUUGGAUAGACAACAGGAGGCUGCUGAGGGUUUUGCUUUGCAUGGAGAUACCAGGAAGAGUAUUGCAGCUACGGAGUCUUUUGGUAUACAAACUCAGCAGUUGUAUCACGGAAGAGAAAUGUCGUCUGAUCGGGAGGCUGGAGUGUGUGGUGGUCCGUUUGAAUCACGUUCUAACAAGAAAUGGCUUUCUUUGGCAACAGAAGCGUCGCUUGUGGGUCGCGUAUUGCGACGCCCACCUGGACUUAUGGAUCCUCCUAGAAAUAGUAAAACCGUUGGAAUGCAGUCUUGUAUUGGAAGCGGAGGUGGAGGUAUGAUACAGCAGCAAGGGCUCGACUCUCAGUUUCUGCAUUUCAAUUGUUCAAAUGUAUUGCCUUUGGCAAGCAAAGGAGCUUCACAUAAAUCUGUUUUGAGUGGUGAUAACCAUUAUGGAUCGAGUUUGCUGUCUAGCUCAUGGUCGUCGAAAAGUGUGUAUGGGGAUAGCUCAUUGCGGGACCCGUUUUGUAGUCGUGGUGUGUUGAAUUUGGAUCUAGCCGAGCUAAACACGCACUCGAUUCAAGUGGGUGAGAUGGAUGGCAUGGGCGUUCGGCAAGCAGAUGAUGCGUCGUACAACCGGACGCCAACCACCUCAAGACGAAAUGAGAUACAAUCGAGUCGGAAAACGCUACGAAGCCCAAAGAAAACUCGCGACGAAAGAAACAUGUCUGAACGCCGCUUGAGUCCGAGGGGAGAAGUAUUGGAGACUGAUAGUGACGCGGUCAAUGUUAUUGCGCCUAUAUCCGCUAUAAAUGCAAAGCGUUGUGAUGAAAGUGGUCUAAAAAUGGCUCUUACUUUGAACGCGCACUCUCCUUCUUCUAAUGAAUGCAGCGCAAACGGUAAUAAUUUAUCAGCACGAAGAGGUAAGCGGCGCAAUCACGUAGGACAUACCGGUAAAGCUUCGUCAUUGUUUGGUUUUAGAAGUAACGAGAGCAGAUGGAGAGAAACGUCAAACCAGAGUAAAAAGCCUGGCUUUGUGAUCAAUCGCCCGCCUGGUUUGAAAGAAAGUGACAACCGUAUGAAGUUAGCUUUGCGAGAGUCUGGAAAAUUGAAGCGCCGAGAGGAUGUCGAACCUUCCAGCCGAACCGCCUUGACGGGGAGAUAUGCUGCACGAGGAAACGAUACAAUGGCAGGCACCGCUCGUCGUCGAGUGUUUCGUAAAAAGCAAGAAAAGAAGAGCAAGCAAGGCAUCCUCUCAUCGGAGAAGUCUGCCCCUAUUCCUGCUAUUGUAAGCCAAAGAACUCAAAAAAGCAAUAAUGACUCGAUGCCUAAGGCAAAUUUUCAGGAGCGAUACAAUUACAGAAGACAAGACAUCGACCCUGGUGACGUUCCAUUCACGUAUGAAGCUGUAUGCGAGGUUUUGAGCUCCAUUGAAGCGAGAAGCGAUGAUACUGAAGAGGCGGUAGAUAAGUCCGUGGAAAAACAUAGAGAAAAACGUAACAUCUCAGCAAACACACAUGAUGAAGUCGCAGAGAAGACUGUUGACGAAAUUGGUAGCACGCACACGUUACGUGGUGCACCACCCGAGGAUCCAGCAUCUACAUGUAUAUAUACGGAACGUGAGUCAUUUUUGUUGGGUGACACACCUGAGUACAAAUCGACAAUGGGAAAAGAGCCCGUUGAGCAAGCACUCGAUCAACAGCUCAUGGAUUCAAAGAAGUCGAAGAAAGACGUUGGUUACGUCGAAUCUCUGAUUGAAAGUAGUGCGUCCGUGACAAAAGCUGCUGCUUUGGAUGGUUGUCCUCAAGCUGCUGUUGUUGAGAAGAACCACUCUACAAACAAACAAUGCAAGGAAAAGUUUAAAAAGGAAAAGGUGGACAGGAAAAGAGUUACUCGAGGAAGGAAAGAUAAGCAUGAGGUGACUUUGAUCCCGAAGACAGCAGACAAAGUCAACAGUUUUGCAACGGAGGCACAAGACAAGCUGCUGACCGCCUUGGCCACCAAAUUUUCUCCACUGUCCGCAGGAUUUAUCCCACGACUACGCAAUGCAGCUUCAGUCACCACUACAGCUGUACUGCUAGCUUUUUCUAGGAUACGACGUAGCUGCGUCCGGGUUGCUUUGUGGUUGAACAUCAAGGGGCUGUUUGCAACUACGUCUUCAUACGCGGAAUCAGUGUUGAUGGUGGCAUCUAGUGUAGUGCUACUUCUGUCAUCACACGCUGCGUCGUGGCUUGUUCGUAUUCAUCGGGAUGCUUUUCGUGUGAUAUAUACCCAUCAUCACAUCGGAUUCUGUUUCGCUUUCCUAUAUGGAUUUCCUUUUCUGGUCCAGUAUGUUUUCCCGUGGGCACCUCCUUGGGCACCGGUGUGCCUCUGGUAUGCAUUCCUAGUCCAACUAUUUUGCACGAAUGGAUCCACAGCUAUGGUGACAACCUUCCGAGUCAUUUUACCGCUCGUCUUCCUGAUUGAGGGAAUAUCUCAUCACAGCUUCUUAUUGGAUUUCAACGGUGCGGAACUUUUGCUCACUUCAUUCAUCAUAUCAGCGCUAAAGACGAGCAACUUGUGCUCCCCAAUAUUUUUCUUGUCGUUGGCGUCACAGUGCUUGCUUGCUGUUUUUCUAGGCUCGAAUCUUAUCGUGCAGUGGCUGCAAUUGGCACUGGCACUCUACUCAUUGCAUCUCAUAGCAGCGGCCGACAAUGAAUGGAUGGUAAUUGCAAAAGAAGAGGACGAUCGUUCGUGUCAUCCAGUUCCGACACAUCAUUCAAUUGUCGACUACAACCAUCAUCUCACACCUCCAAGCGCCAUGUCAAUCCAGAAAAUCAAGGGGUUGGACCGUCGAGCUCUCAAAGGCUACGUCGCGAUUUUGGCACAACGUAUCCUUCACGGACAGAGUGUCGGUAGGGCAGGAGAGAUGAUUGCGGACAAGUGGAAGAUUGGAGAAAAGAUUGGCGAGGGUACUUUUAGUCAAAUUUACUCGGCAUACUCGAUUGAAAAUCGUGAUAAAGUAGCAGUCAAGGUCGAAGCACCAAGUUCUCUCAAGCCAGUACUAGAGUGGGAGAGUUUGAUUCUUAAAAGUCUUCAGGAUUGUUCAUACGUAUGUAGAUAUUACUAUCACGGAAAACAUGGAGACAGUACAGUGUUGGUGAUGGAACUGCUAGGAGACAGCAUGUCGAUGUUGAGAAUGUCACCCGACUCGAUCUAUGGCGUGCCACUGGCCAAGUCUGUUUCUGUUGGAUUGGAGAUGCUGGAUUGCAUUGAGGCAUUUCAUCGACAUGGAUAUGUGCAUCGUGAUAUUAAGGCGUCAAACUUUGCUUUGAGUGCUCUUCCAGAUCGUAAUCCACUCAGGCAGCAGCGGUACUAUAUUAUUGACUUUGGACUAUCAAGACAGCAUAUUGGAGAAGACCGACAGGUGCUGCCAGCGCGUUUUGUUGCUGAGUUUCGUGGCACUUCCAUGUAUGCAUCGCUAAGCUCGCACCGUCGACAGGAAUUGGGUCCAAAGGACGACCUGUGGUCGUGGUUUUAUCUUGUAAUGGACUUUAUGCGAGGUGAGUUGCCCUGGGCCGCGGACGCGCAGCUAAAAAAUCGCCAGACUGUGCUCAGUCUCAAAGAAUACUACACGGAAACAAAUCCAAAUUUGUUGGUGGAGGGUCUUCCAGGUGCCAUGCAGUUGGUAGAGAUGAUGGGCUAUCUGCAGUCGCUCAAGUACGAAGACUUUCCGGAUUACGCAAAAAUUCGCAAAUAUCUUCAAGCGGUUGGGGGCAGUUCUCUUGUUUUGGACAGUAAUGACAGCGGUAACGAGGAUUUAUGUGCUGACAAGAAGGAAAGUCAGGCGGUGGCGGCUGUAUCAUUGAUCGAUUGGAGUGCGAUUACAUCCGAGCGAGAGCGAGCGCUGGCGUGGGUUGAUAAGGCAGACGAACUGAAGCACAGUGAUGGAGCGUCGGAAGCGCUGCUGACAAUUGCUAAGCGAUACAAGAUGUUCUUUGACAGCGACGGGCUAUUGUUUGACGAACAGGUGCGAAUACAGAGUGCAGUCUAUCGUAUUGAGAAAAAAUUGCGCGCACGUUCAAGCUUUCUAGCCCCUCCGCCCAUUCAGAGUUUUGUGAAGCGUCGUCAGUCUGAGCAAAAGAUGCGAUCUGAUGCACUACGAAAGCGCCGUGAGAAGGAUUAUCAAGUACGCCAGUCAUUGGAGAUUAAAAAUGAGAAAAAGAUGGCUCUGGCUGCCUCUAUCCAGCCCUCUAGCGAUGCCGUGGAUGGAAUUGCAAGUGGAGAAGGAGCCUCCGGGGUAGCAGAACGGAGAAAAGUGUAG